UUUAAAAACGGUUAUCGGUAGCGAACUUUGGUCAGUGAUGAUAAGUCAGUUGGUGGAACACACUCUGUAAGACAUCUCAGUAUGUGCAACAUGUGGUUAAGAUAUACGAGUAUACUCUUCGGCUUCUUGGUUACAGCAGAGCCAACAUCAGUCCGACUGAUGUACGGGGAGAGUCACGGGAUCUCCUGGACUGACCUGGACAUCAAUGACCGCUUGCCGCCUUUGGUGUCCCAAAUGUACAUGGACGUCUUGAGUAUCGAUUACCAUUACCAGCGUCGCUGUCUCUUCUACUCGGGGUGGGGCAAUAUUUGGAGCUUACCUAUAGAGAAGCCCUUUGGUUGUGAGGGCAUACCCCGGCUAGUGGUAGAAGAUGGAGAGGCGACCAGCCUGGCCGUAGAUUGGGUGCAAGAUCGCAUCUACUGGACACGAAGAGACUGCACAGUGUGGAGGGCGGACCUACCCGGCAUUAACCAGACUCUCAUUUUGAACAAGACAGUCAACUUUUCUUGCCUCCAAAGCCUUGUACUUGACCCUUAUUCUAGGUUUUUAUUUUUGGCUGCAGACGGAAAUGGCUUCUUCAGGAUGGAUCUGGAUGGUGGAGGGCUAAAGAGAAUUCAGAUCGAGGGUAGACGUAGCCUCCAGACAGUCAGUCUAGCACUGGACACAGGGAGAAAGAGGUUAUACCUGUCAGUGAGAUGGGACUCUCUCCCCAAUAUCCUAUCUUGCGACUAUGAUGGGACCGGAAUACAGGACUACAGGCUGUCUGCGGAAUGGUGGAACAUUUUCAUCAGCAUCGGUGUCCUCGGUGACCAGCUGUUCUGGGCCCACCGUGGCUGGGAUGGUCAGGGCCGUGACACUGUAUGGAAGGCCAACGUAUCAGAGGGGGGUGGCCUUACCUGGCUCAAGGAGUACACAGCUCCGGGGUCACUCUUAGACCCGGAAACAAAGAUAUGGACUCUGAAAGUGUACCAUCCAGAGGUUCAAAUGGAAAAAAAGGAGAUGAGCAGUUCAUCCUGUCAUAGGCCAGAGAAGCUUCUACUUCUUGCUAUUAUGUGUAUUUGUAUAUGUAAUUUAUUCAACUACAAUUACAAUGUGCGGUAAUUA